AUCGAACCCGACACGUCGCUUAAACCUAAUCCAGGCAGCGACGCCGCCGCCGCCGCCGAAACCACGUCGCGCUGCUCUGCCCCUAUCUUGCAGUCACCAGCAGGGAGGCUCUGGCGGUCUGCGCCCUGAUGCGCUCCGUGUAUUCAGCCAUCUUCUGCCUGUCCCAGAAAAACUAGAUCGGAUGGGGAAGAAGGGCAAGCGGCGGGGCGAGGCCGCCGCUACGGGUGCGCCGGAGGAGGCUGCCGAGCAGGAGGCUCCCGCGGCAUCCGCUGCCGCUUCUGAUUCAGCCACGCCGAGGAGGAGCAGGCGACGGGGCGGCGACGCCGGGGCCGCGCAGGAGGCCUCCGCCACCGUACACGCACUGGAUCCCGCCGAUGCAGGGAAGGGGACAACGGACAGGGAAAAGAAGCCUCAGCUCAACGAACGAAAGAAGAAUAAGAGGGAGCAAUCUCCUUGUGCUGCUUCAUCGAGUGCUGAUGCUGCCGCCACGGGUAAAUCAGGUGUUGACUGCACUGAUGGGGAAGGUGUUAUAGGAGACUCUGAAGUUCGCAAGAAAAGAAAAAAGAAUAAGAAGAUUAUGCAGGAGCCAUCCUCUUCUACUGUGUCUGAUGACAAUGCUGUUGAGGUAAACAAAUCCGGAGUUGGCUGCAAACAUGUGGAAGAUGUACCGGGAGAUGAUGAAGCUAGUAGGCGUCCCAGAAAUGAAGAGGAUCUAGGCUUUUCUGCUGCAAACAUUGCAGAACAGGAUGUACCGAAGGGUAAGAAGAAGCCCAAGCUGGGGAAACGGAAUAAGAACAAGCAAGAACCAUCAUUUCCUGCUGUAGUGGAUGCUGCCAUUGUGAUUGGUAAAUCUGAAAAUGAAAGUACAGAUGGGAAGGGCGUUCCAGGAAUUUCUGAAAUUAGUAAGAGUCCCAGAAAUGGAGAGGGUCAAGAUUGUCCCAAGGUAAACAUUGUGGCGAAGGAGACACUGGAGAGGAAGAAGCCUGAACCCAGGAAAUGGAAGAAGAAUAAGCAGGGGCGAUCACGUGCUGCUGUGUCUGAUGAUGGUGCUGUUGAGGCAGACAAAUCUGGAAAUGUUGGCACAGAUGGGGAUGAUGCUUUGGGAGAUGCGCAUGUUAGUAUGAGCACGGUAGAGGAUCCAUGCUGUCCAGAGGCAAACAUGGCAGAGAAGGGGACACAGGAGAAGAAGAAGCGUAAGCCCAAGAAACGAAAGAAUAAUAAGGAAGGAUCCCCUUCUGUUGUACUUGAUACUGGUGCUGUUGUGGCAGAUGAAUAUGGAAAUAGCUGUAUGAAUGGUGAUGGUGCACCACAGGAUGGUGAAGCUAGUAUUAGCCCUAGAGAUGGAGAGGACCCAAACUGUCCUGGGGUAAACAUUGCAGAGAAGGGGGUACCAAAGUUGAAGAAGAAUAAGCUCAAAAAAUGGAAGAAGAAGAACCAGGAGCAAUCCCCUUCUACCUUGUUGGAUGCCGGUGAUGUUGUGCCAGAUAAAUCAGGACGUGGCAGCACAAAUGUGGAAGCUGCAUCCAGAGGUGCUGAUGUCACUACAAGUCCCAGACCUGGAGAGGGUCCAGAAUGUCCCAAUGCAAACAUAACUGAGCAUUUGGUGGAGGAAAAUAAAGUGAAUGAAGACUACUCUCAGGAACCUAAGCUCAAGAAACAGAAGAAAUGUAAGCAAGAUCAAUCCCCUUCUGUUAUACCAGACACCAGUGGUGUUGUGGUGGAUAAAAUUGAAAAGGGCUACAUAGAAGGCGAAGGAGGGGAAGGUCUACCAGGAGAUACUGAAAUCAGUAUGAGUCCCAGAAAUGGAAAGGGACCAGAUUGUCCUGAGGUAAACAUAGCUGAAAAUUCGGUGGAGGGAAAGAAUGAGAAUAACGGCAACUCUCAGAAGCCUAAGCGGAAGAAACGGAAAAGGAAGAAGAGGGCUCAAGUAGCUGUUACUGAGGCACCUGCGGUGGGUGAUGUCAGCUCAGAUGAAAGGAAGGAUGUGUGUAGGACAGGUACCGUGAAGGUUACAGGAAGUAUGGGAUACUCUAUAUGUGAAUCUGAGGUUACUGCAAAAAAUGUUGUCCAGGAUAUGUACUCACCAGGAGGAUCGCUUGUAAGGUUUCAGAGGAAAAAACUUCUUAUUCUUGAUCUUAAUGGUCUGCUUGCGGAUAUCACUCCAAUCCACCGCAACUCUCGCGACUCUCGCUUGGCACAUGCAAAAGUUCGAGGCAAAUAUGUCUUCAUAAGACCAUACCAUGACGAUUUUCUGAGAUUUUGCUUCCAGAACUUUGAGCUAGGGGUAUGGUCGUCAAGAAUGAAAGUAAAUGUGGAUGAUGUUGUCGAUAUCCUUAUGAAAGAUCUCAGGCGACACUUGCUAUUCUGCUGGGAUGCAUCUCACUGCACUACUACCAAGUGUAGUACUCUUGAAAAUCAACGCAAACCCUUAGUACUGAAGGAACUAAAGAAACUGUGGAAUAAAGAGGACCCUGAUCUUCCGUGGGAGCAAGGGGAAUUUUCGCCUUCGAAUACUUUGCUUGUGGAUGAUUCCCCUUACAAGGCUCUGUGCAAUCCGCCACACACUGCCAUUUUCCCACAACCCUACAGCUACCAUAACAGGACGGAUAAUUCAUUGGGACCAGGUGGAGAUCUUCGUGUGUAUCUAGAGAACCUUGCUGCUGCAGAUGAUGUUCAGCGUUAUGUUCAGGAGCACCCUUUUGGUCAACCUUUCAUUACUGAGAGUGAUCCGAAUUGGGAUUUCUAUGCAAAAAUACGUGACAGACUGGAGAAGCGAGAGAAGUGUGCCGCUUGAUGGUCCUGUGCCUUGAUACAGUAAGCAAGAGCUUUGGCCAGGCUUGUGUUGGAUGGCAGAAAGUUUUGGCUCUGGAGUUCGUUUUGUUUCUUGGCUUGGCAGUUGGCAUGACUACUUGUAGGCAGGGGGUAUUGGUAAUUUGAACAUUUUUUACUCUCUGUUGUUUCGGUUUGUGCUUAUCCUGAAGUAGUCAAGGCUAGGUAGUGUUCACAAGGUCGUACCUAUUACUUCACAUGUACUUUGGUUACACACAUGUUGACAUGCGUCAUUAAUCAUUCUUUCCCCUGUAUCAAGGAUAACAGGGUUGUUAUAUUUUAUAAGUUGGUCAAUUAUGUUGUAAGGAUGUUAGAGUUUUGCUGGCUUGUAACUUUUCCUCCUCUCGAGUAAGUGAUGUAAUCUUUUCACAUUUGUUGAACUAUAGUACUGUACCGCCAAUGGUGUUGAUAAUUGCUAGAGUGGCAACAGAUAGCAUCAUUGCAAGUGGAA